AUGGAUGCGAGGAAAAGUAGAUCAUAGCAAAGACCAGUAAUUAAUAAUCCAUUGACAAAGGCAAACAUUGACAAAUUAUAAGAGCAAAGAAGUUAAAACAAUACUUCUUUAAGCAACUAGUUUGCGAGAAAUGUAAAGGCAAAUUUAGGCAGAGGCUAAAGUCUUGGCACCAGCACAAAGCCAUUGAUCUAGCAAAACUCUUAUGACAAAUGCAAAAAAAUGCUAAUAGAAUUGUUCGACACAAUUGACAGAGAAAGGUAAUUACACAUGAAAAUCAAAUAAAACUAUGUUGAAAAUAUCAAGAAUAUAAGAUACUAUUAAGCUCAAAUUAGAGAAGCGGAAGUUAGCAUUCUGAAAAUAAGGCAAGAAGAUUUAAUGAUGAUUAAUGAGGAUAGGUAGCAGCAAGAAAAAGCUAAGAAAAAAUUAAACUAUAAGAUUGAUCUAAAUGAAUUGCUCAAAGAUCAAAGAUCUAUUGAUCUUCAAGAAUACCAAUAAGAUUAUUAAUGCUAAGUAUCUUAGCUAAAUAGAAUUGAAUGUGAAGCAGAUUCCAUCAAAACUGAAUGUGAAUAGUUGGAUCUUGAAAUGGCUUAUAUAUAGAAAGAAAUAGAUGAAGAAAUGGGAUUAUUAGAUAAAUUUGAGAGGAAUGUUCUAAAUAUGGAAGUCAUUUCACAUAUUUUAAGUGAUAGGCCUUAAGUUUAAGUGGUAUUGCACGAUAAUUAAUUAAAGUUUGAAGCGGGUUACCUAUAAUUAAACAGAUAAAGUAUCAAUAAACUCUUUUCAAAUCCUAAUACCAACAAAGAGGGAAAUAAAAGCAAUCCCUUAGCAAUGUACAAACAAGAACAUUCGUUAAGUCUUACCCUUUUAAAAAAUCAAGCAGUGACCUUAGAUGAAGGUGAAAUUUUCGGAGACAUAAUAAAACUAAAGCCAGUUUUAUUUGUGGAAUUCAACAUUACGAACAUAGAUCAAAAUCAAAAUGAAAUGCUAGAGGCACUAUAAAUAUUAAGUAGUUUACAAGCCUUCAAACAGCAGAGAUCCGGCUCUUAAGCUAGAUAAUCUUCCCAAAAUUUUAGACCUUCUGGUGUAGUAAAGAUCCAAUCUAUCCCACUUUCAAGGCCUAAGGAUAUUCCAAGACCUUAGUAGAUAAUUCAGCCAGUAUUGUAGCAAUAGCAACAAACACCAUAAAUAUAAUAGCAAAAAUAGGAUUCAAUGGCUACUAGCAACAAUGUUAAUCUAGAAAAUAGAGACUUCGAGCCAUUUUCACCUUGGGAUAAUGGUCCAAGUAGUGAUAAGAGUCCUAGUAAUUUGGUACUAGGAAAGCCAAAUGAUACAUUUGAAUUGAUAUAGGAUAGAAAUUUUGAAACACUUCUCACAUAUGAUGACACUUCUACUCCGUGUAAGGAUGGCAGCGGCACUAUAAAUCUGGACUCAUUUGACAUAAUUGAUAAGGAAAAUGACUAGAAAUAAAUGAAUAAGAUAGUGGCAAUAUAAGAAGAGGAUAAGGAAUUUGAAGAGGAGAAAUCAACUCAUAGAAUUUUAAAAAAGAAGUAUUCCAAAAAUGUGUUUGGGAUUAAUACAUCUUAUUGCAGAUCAGAACUAGAACUUAUUCAGCAUGUUGUUAAUAUCAAUGGCUUCAUGGUAAUCAUUACUAUGCAUUCAUUCAUUGUAUAGGAAACAAGUUUGAUGAGUUAGAGUAAUUUAGUAUGGUUUGGGCUUGCUCUUUUACCCAAGGAUUAAUAAAUGAUAUAAAAUAAGCAGUUUUUUUACAACAGAUAUCCAGGAGUCGAUAUCUUAGCCAGAAAAAAGUUAUUUUGCUUAAUUACAAAUAGAAUGCGUCGAACAUUUUCUAAUGAAUUUAAAUUCUGCCCAAUUAGUUUCUAACUACCAGAGGAAACAGAUGCUCUUGAAGCAUAUAUGAAGAAGCAUCCAUCAUUCACAUUUAUUGCUAAGCCCUCAAAGGGAAAAGGUGGUGAAGGAAUAGUACUGAUUUCUAAAUUUAGCGAAGUACCUUCUUAAAGUUGGAAUUUCAAGCAGAAUGAUCUACUAGUUCAGAGAUACAUUAAAAAGCCUUUACUCCUUGAAAAUAAGAAAUUUGAUUUGAGAAUUUAUGUGCUUAUAAAAUCUUUUGAUCCAGUUGAAGCCUAUGUCUGUGACGAAGGAUUAGCAAGAUUUUGUACCUAGGACUACAAAACACCUACGAGAGAAAAUAUGAAGAAUUUAUAUAUGCACUUGACUAACUAUUCCCUAAAUAAAAACUCUGAAAAUUACAAGGCCCCAGAUGCUGAUUUCCUUGAAGAUGAUACUGGUUCCAAGAGACUCAUAAGUACUUUAUGGAAAUAACUGGCGGCUGAGGGACAUGAUAUCGAUAUGAUAAAUAAUAAGAUCAAGGAUACUAUUAAAAAAGCAGUAAUUACUCUUGAGCCUUAUCUGUUGCAUUUCUAUCAUACCCAGAUAUCAUUUGAUCAUUCUGACUCAAAAUGCUUUCAUCUAGUUGGAUUUGACAUUUUACUAGAUUCCAAGCUAAACGCUUGGCUAAUGGAGAUCAAUGCUAAUCCAAGUUUCAACAUGUUUUUGGAAAGAGAUCUACCAAAUGGUGAAGUGGAGAAGACUGUUUCAGAGUUGGAUAAAUACGUCAAGGGACAAGUAGUAACAGAAGCUAUCAGAAUAGUCACUGUAAGAUUAAUGUCAUAACUUAUUGAUGUUUAGGGAUAAGGAACCACUGAGUAUCAGGGACUUUUCAAGUAAAUUCUUCCAGACUAGUCUAUGAAUGAUUUCUAUGUCUGGAAUAAAGCUUAAACUCUGUUUGAGUUUAUGACAGGCUCUAGAAACAUUGAGUUUCUAACUCUUUCCUAGUUUUAAAAGCUGCAUAAAGUUCAAGGUUUAUAUAAGAAUCAAACAAUAAUGAAAGCAGAUUUUGAUAUUGUUUACAAGAAUGUUAUUCGUAAGUCUGAAACAAAUCAAAUGGAUUUCUACAUAUUCUUAGAUUCAAUUGAAAUUAUUGCCUCAAAAGCAUUUAAAAAUGAACCCCUUUCUGAGAGCAUAUCUUCAGUAUUAGAAAUGGCUAUAGAGUAUUUCGAAGGAAUAUAAAAAUGA